AUGUUUGGAAAUAGAAGGAGAAGAGCCGUUUCGAAUCCGCCAGUAAAUUCAAAUGUCAACGCAUCUGCCGCGACCGCCGCGGCACAGGCAUUUCUAUCUUCUCAAGCAUCAAAUACUUCCUUGUCUUCCGCUGCAGCAGCUGCCGCAUUACGAUCCAGACCAACAACGCCUACUUCGGUCGCAGAUAUUCAAACCAAAAGGACAAUUCGGAGAAAACGGUUCAACCUCUUCUGCUGGAAGUUCUUUCCAAGUGCAUAUGAUGCGCCGCCUGUGCCGGCCAUUCCGCAAAAUAUCACAAAGGCUGGUGGGAAGACGUCACGAAGAUCUGCAAGUAUGGAUGCACCUGGAUUGAGAAUCGCAUCACCACCCCCAAAUAAAACUGGUGGGAGAGGUUCGAGUCUUGGACCAUCAGCGACAGCAUCGCGUGGGUCGGGUCCAAGAAACCCAAGUUUAUCCAGUGUAUCUGAGAUGAAUGGGAGAGUAGAGGGUCCGUCAAUUUUUCUACCCUACGACUUAAGUACAAGCCCAAGGAUUGUUUCGCCACAUAACCAAAAUCUAGUAUACGAUCCAAAUACCAGACGCUUCUUACCGCUAGCGGAUAUUCUAGCUAUCGAGCAAAGAUUGAAUGGAAUUGCUAAUGCUCCAGUUAAAAAGAAGAAACGAAAUCCGCCUGCACAAGGUACUCAUCUCGCAGCUGGAUCGGUGGGUGGAAGGAUAAAGGGUACCGCGGUGGAUGCAAUGGAAAGGGCAUCAAACACAUCAACCACACAACAAUCGAUAUCACAACCUUCCCAGCAGCCCAUGCCACAAUCUACCCAGCAACCCGUAUCACAGCCCACUCAGCAAUCCAUAUCACAGCCUAUAUCAAAACCUAAUAAUCAACCGAAAUUACCCCCCGCGCAAGUCGAAACUUCUUGGGAAAAUCCCCAAUCUAUACCUGUCUCAGAAUCAAAUACUCAGCAAAAAUCUCUUACAGUGACAGCUCCACCAAAGAAGAAAAAGAAGCGCGUUAUCAUAACCGAUUCUGAUAGUGACCAGGCAUCAAUUCUACAAAAUUCGUCUGCUGAUGAAAGUGACGUACCAUCACAUGGUUAUAAAACUCGAGCAGGCGCCAUCUUGGCGAAAAAGCCAUCAGUUGUACGUGAGGAUAGAGAAAGAGAGGAGAAAGAAGAUGAUUCGCCGUUGCGCUCUGGAAAUGUAGGGCUUUUGGAGGAUCGCAUUGAACCUACAAGAACUAUAUCACCAUCUCCUUUGCCUCGGUCAUCUGCCGGUAGGGGACAUGGUCGAGCGCAAUCGUCAGCAAAUUAUGCGCAAGAACGCCAGCAUACCAGAUCUGCAAGUCAACCUCCAAUGACAUCUGUUGCCGCCCCUUCGUUAAAUGAAGAAUCUCCUCGUGGUGGUCGUGUCCAAUCCGUGAGUCCUGCGAGAACUCCACAUUUUAUGGCAACCCCCGAAACCUUGACGGUUAGGCACCAGCCACCUCCCAGAUCUGUAUCUCCACGAAAAUCAGCCUUGAAACAUUCUUCUAUGUCUUCAAUUGAACCUCGAGGACCAUCGCCAUCUGACGGAGGUUCUUUCCGGCUUAGUGAGGUUUCUAAUGAUGAGGAGCAGCCAAGAAAGAAAGGAAACAGAGUUAGCUUUGAUGAGGGAAACAAUGUUGUAUUGGGUCAAUCGACAACCUUACCUUCUGGUUCACCAAUGGUUCCGAGUCCGCAGGUAAAGCGUAGCUGGUUUAAUAUUGGUCGUGGGAAGAAGAAGGACAUACAUGCUACAGAUGAAGAUGACGACGAAGUAAUGAAACCAAGGCCAGCUCUUCCAUCUUUUGGAAGUGUGAGGGAAAGAAAGACUCAUCGAGAGACAGAAGAACGAGUUCUAGUCAGACCACCAGAGCAAGUAACUACUAUUGCUCCUGUCACUUCUCCUACUUCACCAUUGUUCACUUCUCAUAUGGGAGAUGUACUGGAAUUCCCCAUGGGACAAUCAAAUGAUCAUGUCGCAGGUUCACUACUCGCUCAUGAUGCCACUUCGAAAAAUGCAGCAAACAUUUCGAAAUCUCGCGAGCCUCUACCUCCUGAUGUCACAUCUUUGGAAGGGACCGGGGAAAUUUCAGAUGCUAGCAGUACGUAUAGCUUAGAUAAUAAUGCUAUCGGUAUUGCUAGAAGUAAUAGUGUGAGAGUUGGGCCAGAAGAUGGAAAUGCUGAUACAUAUCGAGAAUUGGCAAGCCCAACGAAAGAUCAAUUUGAGGAUCACGAAUUGAAUGAAGAUAUUCCCGAAAUUGCUGUUCAAAUGCCUACUCCAAUUCCAGAAGGCACACAAUCAAGAGAAUGGUUGGACAUGCCUGGUGGGUAUAGGGGUUCAGGAAGCUCUACUUCGAGUUAUGUGGAUCAACCCAAGGAUGAGGUUCACACUGCUACUGAGAAUGGUAUUAUUGGCACAGCUCUUUCGCCUACUUCCGAAACAGCAAAUUCAACAAAUGGUACCUCGAACUUAUCGGAGUUUGACGAUAGUACCAGAACAAGUUCGGAAGCUCAUCCUGCACCAAUUUUUGAAGAGUCGGAUGAGUCUGAAAACGACAGUAUAUAUAGUGAUGCUGCUGAAGAGUUUGAAACGCCAGAUGAUGGUGGUUUUAUGUCUUUGGAUGCUGUGGUAGAAAGUCCUGUAUCGGCAACUGCUAUACUAGCAUCUGAGCCAGACAGCCCAAGAACUAAAUUGGCGAAAGAAAGGGCAUACAUGUCAAGUCAGUUGCAAAGAAAGUCAAGUGAACCAGAUCCAGAAGAAGGAUGGGAGAAAGCUCAGCAAUACUGGAAAAAUUUGUCAGUGGACAGGAAGAAGCAAUUGGAGCUAGAUGCAUUUAAGGUGACAGAUGAAGAAGAGGGAGAAGAAGUGACGCCAGCCCCAAAGCCAAAGAAAAUGAAAAAGAAAUCGGUAACCAUACAAUCGCCUACCUCUCCUAUCAUGCAAACAAUGCAACAAUCGCCAUUUCCACAAGUUCAAAAGCAAUCAAAUAAGGAGAGAAGUUACAUGAUUCAAACAGGAUCAAAAGCAGGCCCCAAUGCUCACGGUCAGACAACUAUGCGAUCAUCCAUGAGAGCGGAACCUCCUCAUGCGGAAUCAGAUGUUCACAUCAGACAAUCUAUGAGAGGAUCUGGUUCAACAAAGGGAGCAACUCAAAAUGGAACAGCUCAGCCUAAUGGAAUACUUCAAAAGAAACAAAGACCUGUUUCUCUUCCUCCUGCUAACACUCAAGCAAAUACUCAAGCUGUAAAUCAGCAACUUCGACUUAUUCAGGGUGCUGCUGCCACUGCUACUUCACCUAAUUCUCAAAGAAAUAGUGCAACAGUAGCACCAGCUCUCCUACGACGUAAAUCAUCUGGAGAUAGUGAUACUAGUUUCAAACGUGCUAGACCUGCAACAGAUGGAAUAAGUAUGAGACGUUCUAUGCGUCGUGAAAGUGAUGUAUCAUCAAAUGGUCGUCAACAAUCUCCUCUAAACUCAAGUCGAUUUAGUCUUCGAUCAUCAUCACCUGGUGGACCUCCUGCUGUGACUAUGCGAGGAACAAUGCGAAGUUCUUUAAGAGGAUCUAAUGAUUCUACUGCUCGAGCAAAAUCUCCAAUCAGAAUACCUGGAUUCGGCAGAAGUUCAUCAGCUAGACCAGCUCCAAAACAAAAGUCAACUCAACGAUCAAGUCGAUUUGCUGAUUCGAGUGAUGAAGAUGAACCUCGUGCUGGAUUCAGAAGUCGUUUUGUGGAUUCAAGCGAUGAUGAUGAACCUACACCUAUAGCUCCUAUAGUCGCACGACCAAUAUCAUCACGUGGUACACCAGUUCGAAGUAUACCAAAACCUAUAGGGUAUCAAGAUGGAGAUUCUUCUGAUCUUCCAGAUAGUGAUGAUGAGAGUCGACCUGCCACAGCUAAGAGUUUAAAUAAAUCCAAACCAAAUGGCAAUAGACCAUCAUCUCGAAAUACGACAGCAGCAUCUGGAGAUUUACAGAGAUCAGGUUCAGGUCGUGGAUUAAUCAAGGUCGGCAAUGGACAAAUCACACCGAUUACUCCUCCUAGACCACAGGAUGCUCGACGUGGAAGUAUUUUAUCUAUUUUUAGGAAAAAACAAGAUCCGAAAUAUGGAUCCUUGGCUGUGGCUGAUGAUACGGGAAUCAAAGUACCUUUUGAAGAGGGUAGACCAUUUUCUGCGGAUACAGGAGCAGGAAUUGUAGGAGGUGAAAACAAAGAAGUUGUUGCGGAAUUGAAUGGGAGACCAGAGGUUGGGAAUCGAAGGUUUACGGCUACGGGGUUGAGUGAUGUGGAUGUUAUGGGGCAAGGAGGAAGUCCGAGAAGAAAGAAGAAGUUUCAGGUUUUGAGAAAGAUGUUUAGGUUGGAAGAUUAG